UGGAUAUGGGGUUGUAUGUAAUAUUAUUGGGUGUUGUGCCACGCUUACUAGUCAGAAAAUAGCUAUUUAAAUAUAAUUUCCUCAGGUGCCCAAACAUCUUGCACAGUAUGGUUCACUACAGAAAUAUGUCAAAUGUUGUACUGUCAAAGCGUCAGGCGCUCAUAUCAAAACAAAGUUUGAAUUCCUGUGACCUUUGAUAGACACAUACCUCCCCUUUACAUGUGUUUAGAUAUUACAUGUUUAUUUCACAGAAUAAACAUACGCCCAAAUGAGAACUAGCCAACUGACCUUUUAGGAGGUAGCAAAUACGACUUAUUUUGAAUGAAUUACGGAUCAUGGUCACAGUUACUAUGGUCACUUAAUUGUGACGACAGUUGCAGGGUCACAUGGUUUCCACCGCGACAGGUAAACAGGAAGAAAUGGCGACACAAGAUGCAGUUACGAAGGUGGCGUUUGGUAGCUGCGAGGAGCGGAAGAUGUUUCCAGCGCACUGUGCGCCUAAUCGCACGGGCAACGAGUUCCAGCCACUGCACGGCUCUCCGGCGCGAGGCCCUGGGUGCUAUGACAACCAUGUGGUGGGCACCAUCCUUUACAACCUACAAAAAAGGCCGGAGAGCAAGAAAGGCUACAGUUUAGCAGCCCGCACUGCUCCUCGCUUCUUGCCCUCUUUCCAGACAGUCACUCCCUCGCCACAGAAAUACCAGCAGGACUGGAGUGCAUCAAGAGUGUGUCCUCCUGGAAGAACCCCCUUCAACUCCACCACUCAGAGGUUUACAUCAAAGCCUGCUACAGCUAGCUUCAACCCUGGCCCUGGGUCAUAUGCUCAUGAUUCCCCACACGAUCGGAAGGUGGCCUGGCCUAUGAAGUUUGGCUCACCAGACUGGUCCAGAGUGCCCCAGCUGGAGAGAAGAUCACUGCGCACUGAGGGUAUUAGAUGCAGAAUAGACCCCCCCUUUCUCCCCAUCGGUGGAUCCUCCCUAUAAAGAUAAGGGGCAAUAAGGCUUGGGAACUGACAUCACAUCAUGCUGCAUUACUGUUCUAUUCAGGGCUGUUCUACCAUAUUGGCAGGGUUUCUUUUUUGCAUAAUGCAAAGCGGAAGAAACCCUUAGAGGAAAACAAAUAGCACAAUAAGAGAAAUAUUUAAUAAAGAAAACAAAUAAGGCAGAACUGAAUAAAAUUGGUCACUGAACAGAAGUUUUAGAUUAAUUAAUAAAAAAACAGUAACUACUGUUAGAAUCAUAUCAGUGAAAGUGAGAAUUCAAUCUUGUAUCUGUGUUCAAUUUUUGUUAGAUUUUUGUUUGUGACUUGUUGCUCUUAGCAUACCUACUCCAAGCUAAAUUCAUUUUAAUUCACCUCUUCUGCACCUUGUUUUUUCAAGUUUGUUUACAGUUUCAGGAUCAUUACAGAUGGUAUAAUAUUGGUAUUUGUCCUUACUGUAGCUCCCUGAAGCCCAUAAUUUAGUUUUCUUAAAAUAUGUUUAUACUGAUUUUAGAUGUCCACUGUAUAAUCUGUCUUCCACUGUCAAUUCUUUCUUUUUAUUCCAGAAUUUUUGUCAGAGGCCUUUUUGAUAACCUAUUUGAGUUUCAUCCAUAGCUCUUCUGGCUCCCUAUCAAUUAUGUAAAGCAUCUGCAAUCAGUUCAUGGUGUUUUCCUUUAGAACAGACAGUAUGUUUUUCAGAUCUCCAGAAAAUCUUAUUUUUUUUAGCUUCACAUUAGAUGUAUGUGUGCUAAAAUCAGCUCCAGGCCAGGUCUACAUAUACUGAAUUUUCAUAUUUAUCUAAUCUAAUCCAUUAUAUAUUAACUUAGGAAAAAUUUUAACUAUUUUUAACGUUAACAUUUUUCUAUAUAACUUUACCUUAUAUUAUUUAAUUCCAU